UUUUUGAACAAUAUUUUCAUUAAAACAGUUGGGGGCCUGCGUGCCCGUGUUUGCCACAUGUGACUAAGUAUCAAACAUAUUAUUAUUUCCGCAUUUGUUUGAUUACGAUAUUGAUGUUGAUUGUAUGUGUUUACUAAUCGGUUUGGCAAUAGAAUCAAUCGGACGCCUUGUACAAUUCAAUAGGGAUGAACUGUUGUUGUCCUUAUCGGAUUGUAUGGCGGUUGUCUACGUGGCUCGGAUGCGGUCCGGGGCGUGACAAGAGGGUCGUCACCGAGAAAGAGGAGUACGCCGCAGUCAACCGCAGUUCCGACUCCAUCCUGCCUCCGGAGUAAAUCGGAUCGUCUCCUAGCGCCGCUGCCACGGAACGUUGCCUAGAACCUGCGCGCCACUGACAAAAAGAACGUAGGCCAAUGUUGGGAGAAUAAAAGCCGGACCUGCUGCCACCGGAGGAUCUGCUAUGCCGGAAUGCCAGAGUGAGAGGCUGCUGCUACGCCAAGAAAACAGAUACCAAGAAGGCUGACGACGCUCGCCUGGAAGAAGGAAGCUGCCGAACCGUUCCCGCCGAUGUAUUCGCCGGAGUACUGCUGCCGGACUGAAUUCUUGCCGGAGGAAGAACCAAUGGUAUCUCUGGAGGGGUAGACCGCAUAGGACGUCGACGAAAGAGUGCCGCUGCUACACCUGCACCUUCUUGUUCUGCGUUGAACUGCCGGGGAAGACGACGGACGAAGAGUGAAUUGAGUGAGGAGCAAAGUCGUAGAAGAAUUGUCUAGAGUACUUCGAGUUUGAGAAAUGCAGACACUGCAGAAAAAGCUCCUUCAAAACAGCCCAAUGUGCUGUGUAGAUGGUCAGCAAGGGCGAUAAAGUCUUUUGCAAUGGGUGAACUUGAAGCUAGAAAGCUAAGGUAUCUCAACAUGGGCACUGAAUCUUUGCUCAUGGGUAUCUUGGUUGAAGGAACCAGUUUGGCUGCUAAGCAUUUGAGGGAAAAUGGUAUCACAUUAUUUAAGGUGCGAGACGAAACUAUAAACCUACUUGGCAAAUCUGGUGUGUUCAUUUCCAGUCCGGAGCAUCCUCCUUUAACCAAACCUGCCAAGGAGGCUCUUGAUUGGGCUGUUGAUGCAAAGCUGAAAUCAGGUGAGGAUGGAGAAUUGACAACAGCUUAUCUGCUUCUUGGCAUUUGGUCACAAAAGGCAUCAGCAGGGAAAAUAAUAAUGGCUGCACUUGGUUUUGAUGAUGAGAAGGCCAAUGAGCUAUCGAAAUUUAUUUGGAGGAUCGGAAGAUCCACAUCCAAUCCAAUACGUUCUGUGGUUCUGCACUUCUGCCACCCAUGGCGGAUCCUUGUUCUAACAAAUUAAUUUGCUUAAAAACAUAAAUGAG